AACAUGACGAGGAUUCGAAGUAAAUUUAUAAUUGUGUGAUAAAAGUGGUCUAAAUAGUGUUUGAGUUUUUUCAAUGUGUAGUGUCUUCGUGGAAAGAAGAUAAAAAAAUAUUUAUCCAACGGAUCGUAAAGAAUUAUUAUUAAGUGACAUGUGGACUUAGAGAUUCGGAUGCAUUUGAUUUGAUUUAUUAAAUCAUAAUUUUUUAUGAUCUGUGCCUAAAUAUUUUGCCGAAGUAAAAGAAAGUGCUAGAAGUUAGAAGAAAUGGAGAAAAUGGAGAAAAUUGAUAUGCAAAAGUUUGAUGGAUAUGACACGUGGAAAACUAAAGAAUCUGUUAUAGAUCAGCCUGUAGAUUUUGAUGAAGCUAUUUCUUUAACAGGUUGUGGUAAAUUUCAUAUAGCAGUACUUUUAACAUCAGGUCUAUGUCUGGCUGGUGUAAUAACAGAAUCCUUAGGUAUGAGUUUUGUACUACCAUCAGCUGAUUGUGAUUUAGAUAUGUCUUUGGAUGAAAAAAGUUUGCUGUCUGCUAGUGCUUUCUUAGGUUUAGUAUUAAGUGCCCAUACUUGGGGUUUUCUGGCAGAUACGAAAGGACGUCGUUAUGUAAUAAAAUGGUCCUUGCUCUUCGCCAUAAUUUUUUCUUGGACUUCAUCAUUUUCACAUCAACCUUGGAUGAUGAUUCUUUUGAGGUUCUGCACAGGUUUCAUGAUAUCAGGAGCAAGUUCUACUGCCUACGCCUACCUUGGUGAAUUUCAUGGAGACAAAACUAGAGCCCGAGCUAUUAGUUGGGGAGCUUCAUUUAUUUCUGUAGGAAUGCUUUGUCUACCAGCCAUGGCUUGGGCAGUAUUACCUCUACCUUUCAACUACCACAUACCAUUAUUAGACAUUAAUUAUAAUUCUUGGCGAGUUUACAUGCUGAUGUGUUCCAUUCCUUGUUUACUAUCAUUUAUUUUGAUAAGUUUUCUUCCUGAAACUCCUAAAUUUUUGCUGGCUCGAGGACGAACUGAUGAAACUUUGGAUGUUCUGACUAGAAUGUACAUUAGCAAUAAAGGAGGUGAUUCAAUGGAUUAUCCAGUUAGAUCUGUGAAUAGAAUCGAAUCAGAUUCUAAUGUGAAAGCUGAGAAUUUGCGUGAAAUUGCAUCUUUGAUGCUUCGCCAAACUCUUCCUUUAUUUCGAGCACCUUUGCUUAAAUAUACUUUAUUGGUAUGUUUGGUGCAGUUUGGAAUUUUUGCCACAUCAAGUGGUAUGUACAUGUGGUUCCCUAUGAUAGCAAACAACCUAUUUUUAUACUAUGAAAAAUUCGAGAGAAACGGUGGAGUUUGUACAGUUUUAGCAUCCAAGGAUGCAAUAACAGUAGAAUCAACAGAUCAGGAUCAAUGCACCUCCAAUGUCAAUCCUGAUGUUUUUCUUCUGACGUUAAUUUUUGGAACCUGUUUUUCGUCCUUGUACAUCAUCAUUGGAAUUGUCAUCAAUAUUUUGGGAAAUAAAAAUAUUUUAAUAACUAUGUUAACAGUAUGUGGAGCAGCUGCAAUUACAAUUAAUUUCGUCGAAGAGCACAAUUUUUUGGUAACAUGUUUUGGUGGUUUAUUGGCAUCUGGAGUUGCUGUAGGUGUUCUUAAUACAAUUGCAGUUGAUUUGUUUCCAACUCAUUACAGAGCAAUGGCAUUGUGUUUAUCAAUGAUGGUUGGCCGAUUGGGAGCAUCUGCUGGAAGUCAUGCCAUCGGGUACAUGUUGGAAUAUUGGUGCGAUGGCGUUUUCUUUGUUCUUGGCAGUAUUUUGAUAGCGUGUGCAGUCAUCACCAUUUUCAUACCAAGACGCAAUCCACAUCUACUUACACCAACAAAUUAAGAGGUGGGUCAUAUAUAUACAUAAAUAUAUACAUAUUUGUAUUAAUUAAACGACCAAUAUAUCCAAUAUGAAAGAAACAAAUAUAGGUAGCAAUUUAUUCAUAGAUUUUGGCACUUGAUAUAUGCCAUCAUUCAGCUAAAAUAAUAUAAAACAAAAAUAAAUUGAGUAAUAAAAAUAGUAUAAACAAAUG